GGGGAAAGAUGUUAAAUCCGCAGCCGCACCGGGACAUCCCGCCGGUGUUUGGAAAACCGUGGUACUGGCAGCGGAGCAGCGCCGUCAUGGAGAGCACCCGCAGCCUGGCGCACGUCGUUAUGGAAAUGCGCGAAGAGAUCAAGAAGUUGGAGAACGAGAACCGGGAACUACGAGGGGACUUCAGCCAGCGGUCACAUUGGGCUAAAGUUGCCCAUGCGAGCCUGGCGUCCACGGCUGUGGUGGAGGAGAACCCUUGUCUCAAUCUAAGGAGGAAUGCGUCUGCACCGGUUUUGGAGGGACCGUACAAAGAGAACAGCGUGAUGACUGUGCGGAGGUAUUCUAUGGGCUCUGCCUUACCUUCAGUGUCUAUGAGAGAAGGUAGAGUGGAUCGGAUGAGGAGAACUGACUCGGGAUGGGAGAGACUUCAAGAGGAGAUCCAUGGAGGCAGUAUAUUUGGAAGUCCAACCAGACUGGAAGUGGGAAAAACCAACAACAGGCACUCUUUGCAGGAUUAUGUCCAUAAGAACAGGGCAAAAGUAAAGACAGUCAGUUUCCUCUUGCCUGUAGAUGAUAUUUACACCAACCGACCAGUUUUGCCAAAGCACCAAGGGGAGUGCAGUAAAAAUGAAUCAGAAUCCAUCACUCAAACAGACUCAUGAUGAAGAUUAUGGCAAUCUUGGGUCAUAGCCAAGGACAACAAAAGGUGCACACUUGGCUCUCCUUUAGGUCAGUGUUUUUGGCCCCUGUGGAGGGAGCCAGGGGAGCUAUUUUAUCACACCUGACCACACAAACAGAGGACUCUGGUUACAGGUGUUGUUUUCAUCUGGAGCUUUAGAGGCUAGGUCAGCAGCGCUGAGACUCAUGGAGGAUCACAUAUCCAGACUCACUCUAAACCUGGACACACACAUCUGAUGGCCCCUUUACGCACCCAAGUCUUGUGUAACCUCACUGCCAUUAUGUUUUCCGUAUAAGAUAGACUGGAUAAGAGGCACAUCAACUGCAAUAAGCACUAGAUGUGCAUUUGAUUGCUCAAGAUGUUGUGUUUUGUAAAAGAAAUUAUUUUUCUAUUCACUUUCCAAAAUGUAUAGACAGGUGCAUGUGCCGUAUAUAAUCACUAAAUAGUAUUUUUACAAAUCUUUAUCUACCUUUAUUAAUUCAAUUGAUGUAGUUUGUCUUAAUUUUGGUGAACAGAUGUGAAUCAAUCAUCACUGUAAGCAAAUUCCAUUUGGUUAAUCAUGUAUAUCUGUUUUAUUGUCUUGUUCUGUCAGUUCGCUAUCUAAAUCAUAGUUAUUUUAAGAAUAUUUAAAAAUGUGACCCAACAUAUUUGCACAGUCGUGGUGUUCUAGUAUGCCCAAAUAUGUGUGUAAAAUAGAGCAAUUCCAUUUACACCUCCUUUAGAAUGUGAAUAGUGUGUAAUCCCAAAAUGGAUCAGACUCUGAUAUUAAAUGCAAUGCAAAGAAAAUGACAUUAUUUCACAGAAAGAGCAGUAUGCAUAGGCUGAUUUGGCUUAUGAUGGUCUGCAGAAGCUGUGGCGCAUCCCACGAUGGAGCAGUGAGCUGCAUGUGAGAUACAUGUUUGUAAAUAUGGAUGUGUCCACCUGCCCUUCAGUGCUGUACAGGCUCAUGAUCAGCUGCAUGUGCAGGCUUGCACACACUUAACUGUGCCAUUGCAACACUCACACAACACACAAUCAUCGAAGUUGAUGAUGAUUUAAAUAGCACUAUAUAAAGUAAUUUCAUUAUAUUGCUGUGUGAAUAUGAGGAGACUUACACCAUUCAUGUAGCUAAAGUAUUCUAUUAUUUGAAUAGUGAAAGAAAGAAUGAAAGUAUUACUGUUGCUUAAUUCUCUAAAAAACUAGUGCAUUUCCUUUCUGGUCUCCCGCAUCAAAAUAAAGCAUGCACCAUAGGUAAAAUUUCAGAUAAUGCAGUCCUGACCAAGCCUCAAGAUAUGGAGAUGGUGCUCCAGACAGGUUGCCUCAGCAGCAUUGAAGGAUGGGUAAAUGUGGAGGACAAAUUUCCCUAUGAGGGCACUUUACAUGUACAUUUACGACCUCUAGUGGUAGAAUAACACAGAGCUACACAUAAAAUUUAUGUAAAUAUUUACUUGUUUGUAGAAAAAUUUCAAUAAAAUG